AUGGGCCUGUCGUCGGGAGGCCCUAGAACAGGGGUCCUGGUGGAAAUGGGGCUUGGGACUGGGUCAAGUCUGCUGGAGCCAGCCUCUCCCCUGUCCUGGGAUUCUCUGCCCAAGCUUAAGGACCUGACAUUUCUCAAGAAGCAGCUGGAGUACCUACAGCAGCCUGUGGACGAUGAAGUCAACAGUGGUGUAGGUCAGGAUGGCUCACUCUUGUCUUCCCCAUUCCUCAAGGGAUUCCUGGCAGGCUAUGUGGUGGCCAGGUUGAGGGCAUCAGCAGUAUUGGGCUUUGCGGUGGGCACUUGCAUUGGCAUCUAUACAGCUCAGACAUACGCUGUACCCAACGUGGAGAAGACACUGAAGAACUACAUUAGGUCACUACUUAAGGGGCCUGACUAG